UCUCUUCCUGUUGAGGUAACCACAUGGGUGCGAUGUGCAUGCUGGCUAGCAUCAAUUUUUGUACAUAAUUGUAUGUGUUAUAUUUGACAGUUCCACCUGACCGCUGUAGAGAUGCAGGUGUCCAGUGUAAAUAAUGUGAAGAUAUAUAAUCUGAGCCAUGGAAAAUCUCUUCCGGAGUGGCUAUCUGAUCAAAAGAAGAGAGCUUUACAGAAGAAAGAUGUUGAUAUCCAGAGAAGAAUCGAGCUCAUUCAGGAUUUUGAGAUGCCAACUGUCUGCACCUCCAUCAAAGUGUCCCGAGAUGGCCAGUACAUUCUAGCUGCAGGCACAUACAAACCGAGGGUUCGAUGUUACGACACAUACCAUUUGUCUCUGAAGUUUGAGCGUUGCUUGGACUCUGAUGUGGUGGCGUUUGACAUUCUAUCAGAUGACUACUCAAAGCUGGUGUUCCUGCAUAUAGACCGCUAUGUGGAAUUCCACUCGCAGCACGGUCAUUACUAUAAGACUCGCAUCCCGAAGUUUGGCAGAGAUUUCUCCUACCAUUAUCCUUCCUGUGACCUUUACUUCGUUGGUGCCAGUUCAGAGAUCUUCCGCCUGAAUCUUGAACAAGGCAGAUUUCUCAACUCCUUAAAGACAGAUGCAGCUGAAAUCAAUGUAUGUGACAUCAACCCUGUUCAUCAUUUAUUUGCUGCGGGGACAUUAGAGGGGAGAGUGGACUGCUGGGACCCUCGAGUGAGGAGUAGAGUGGGUGUUUUGGACUGUGCUCUCAGCAGCAUCACUGACGGCACAGAGGUGAAUGGCUUGCCUUCAGUCAGUGCACUAAAGUUUAAUGGCUCUCUGGGUAUGGCGGUGGGCACCAGCACUGGACAGAUUCUUAUCUUUGACCUGCGUUCCUCACGUCCACUGCUGGUUAAAGAUCAUUAUUAUGGUCUCCCAAUCAAAGCCCUUCACUUCCAUGACCCGCUGGACCUGGUGCUGUCUACAGACUCAAAAAUCAUCAAGAUGUGGAACAGAGACAAUGGCAAAGUAUUUUCUUCCAUCGAACCUCAGGCCAACAUCAAUGAUGUGUGCCUCUACCCUGCUUCGGGUAUGCUCUUCACUGCCAACGAAGAUCCCAAAAUGAAUACCUUUUACAUUCCUGCUCUUGGUCCGGCUCCACGCUGGUGCUCUUUCCUGGAUAACCUUACAGAAGAGCUUGAGGAGAACCCAGAGAGCACCAUCUAUGAUGACUACAAGUUUGUCACCUGCAAGGACCUGGAGAACCUGGGUCUGACUCAUCUGAUUGGCUCUGCUCUGCUCAGGGCUUACAUGCACGGCUUCUUCAUGGACAUCAGGCUCUAUCACAAGGUCAAGACCAUGGCAAACCCAUUUGCGUAUGAGGAGUAUCGUAAGGACAGAAUCCGGCAGAAGAUUGAUGAGUCGAGUGCGCAUAGAGUUCUGCUCAAGAAGCUGCCCAAGGUCAAUAAGGAGCUGGCCAUCAAACUCAUGGAUGAGAGAGACAAUGAGCUGCGAACCAAGAAGAAAAAGAACAAGGCCUCAGCCAAUCUCCUGACGGACGACCGUUUCAAGGUGAUGUUUGAGAACCCUGAUUAUCAGGUGGAUGAUCAGAGUGAGGAGUUCCGUCUGCUCAACCCCAUCGUGUCUAAAGUGGGUGAGCAGAGGAGGAAAAAACUCAGACAGCUCAUCCAGCAAGUGGAAAAGGAGCAGCAGGAUGAGGAAGAAGAAGAGGUGGAGGGUCGUGCCAGCUCAGAGGAAGAGAGCUCUGAUGAUGAUGAUAAGAGUUGGGUGAAGGAGGUGAGGGAGCAACGGCGCCUUAUACGGGUGGAGGAGAAUGAGCGCAGGUUCAACGAGAGGAAAGAGCGAAGGCAACAGGACCGCAACACCAGCUUACAGAGUUCAGAUCCAGCCAGAAAUCCCCAACAAGAAACUCAAAACCAGCCUCGAUUCUACCAGCUCAAAGCAGGAGAGGAGUUCCGUAGCUUCAGUGACGUGAACCGCAAACAAAAGAUGCAAAAGACGUCUCUAGAGGAGCGACUCAAGCGGGAGGAGAGGUCGGGGAUGUUAAAUCUCAGUGACACAGCAGUUGGAAGCAAACAGCUCACUUUCACUCUCAAGAAGACGGAGAAGCAGAGAUUUCAACAGCAGGCAGAACGAGAGCAUCAUGAGGAGAGGAGGAAGAUCAGACGCUCUGCAGGACACUUACAUUCUAACAGAGGAGGAAGAGGCAGGGGAAGAGGACGAGGAAGAAGACCCUUCUAAUAUGUCUGACAUACAGGACUGUGAAUUAUUAUUAUCCCUGGAGGAACGUGUAUUUUAGUGUGGAAUGCACAAGAUGUUUAAAAGAUGGAUGGACACUUUAAAUUGCAAAUGUUGUUCAUGAGCAGGAACUGUUUCGCAUUGAGAGUGUAUGCUGUUUAUGUGUGUGUAUGUCAGACCUCCCUUUUUUCCAAAACAUCUCUCAGUGCAGUCUAAACAGAACUUUUGUUUUGUGAAGAACUAUAAAACAUUUUUAACCA